UCCCGUGUCCGUCGCUUGACUCUGCUUCUUUAUGUCCGCGGUGAAGGGACGGCGACGAGAAGAGGGGAGGCUACGGUUGAGGGACUUUGAACGUCACUGGCAUUAAGAGCCCCUCCGCUGGCUGCGUUGGUAAAAGAGUUUUCAGAACUUCUGUUUUCUCUCCGGCAAGUUUUCUUCGGUGCGGGAAAAAAAAAAGAAAACUCAGAAAGGCGGCAAUCUCUGCGGUUUCCACCCCCUCCAGGACAGGAUGCUGUGUGACAACAAUCCAGGCUUGGGACAUGAGAUGUGAGAUUCCCACUGUGGUCCUUGUUACUUGCUGCCCCCAUGGUUUUGCUGGUUCUUACAAAAGAAAUUGAGAAGUUGAGAAAGAGAGAUGGUAGAAGACAAAUCAGCUCAAUAAUAUUGAUUUCCCAGCUUUGCACACAUUGAGUCAGACAAGUGCAAACACUGUUUUAAUGACCAUUGCUGUUCAAAAAGAGAAACUGGGAUACUCACCCAAACCUGCAAGAAACAAAUUGGAUAAGUAGCUACAUGAAAACUGUGAAGGGUCACUGUCAAAUUGGACUGGGGAAAACAGUGUAAAUUAGACAACAUUGUUCUGGAAGAAACCCAGAAGUUCCACGAUAGACCUAUUUUUUAUUCUUUGUUAAAUAAUCUAGAAGAAAGAACAACAGUUAAAGAAAACAUAAACAAUGGGGGCUGCAGGUGUGUGACCUUUCUUAAGUUACACCCCGUACACUUCCAGAUUAACAUCAACCUUUUCUGAAGGACACGUUGAAUUUCUGGGUUGGGUUUUUUUCAACUGGCUAAGAAAUGAGUCUUGGGAAACUACCCGUGAUUGGCUGGGUGUCUGGCUCACACAGCAAACGUCGAUUCAAAACAGAAUUGACCUCGGACAUGAUCAGCCCACCACUGGGGGACUUUCGUCACACCAUGCAUGUGGGACGUGGUGGGGAUGACUUUGGAGACACUUCUUUCCUUAGGAACCAUGGUGGAGAGGAAGUCAAACCCCACAAUUUCUUUGCUCGGACAUUGUGGCACGUGAGGAGGAGCCCGCUAAGGAACCGGGGAAGCCGAAACAAGGAUCAGGAUUCAUCUGCACCUCCUGCCAUCUCACCCAUCAUCAAGAAUGCUGUGUCCCUGCCUCAGCUCAAUCAGAGCCACUAUGACAGUGAUGAUCUUGGUAUAGCAUUUGCCUUCAAGAAACCCCCAACAAGCUUCUCUGACUAUGGACUAGAAUCUGGAUUCUGCACCAUCCCACGUGUUCCCCGGUCUGAGAAGCCUCCCGAGAACUCCCAUUCUGCUGAAUCCCAUCCUGCUGAGUCCCAUCCUGCUGAAUCGGCAUUGCAGCGUUCAGAUUCCUUUCUGUCUUUCCGCCUGGACCUUGGGCCCUCUCUCAUGAGUGAACUUCUUCAUGUCAUCAGCUUCUCAGGAAGCAGCAGCUCUGACUGCAAGGAAAAGAAAGAAUGCGAAGAGAGGAAACCCCCAAGCAGCAGUGAGCCCCACUCUUCCCUUCACAUCAAGAGAAACUGGUCAGAGGAUUCACUACCUGGGAAGUCAGGAUCUUGUCAUGGUAAUAAUAAUGAAGAAAGCCAAAAUGUAUCAAGCCUUUUGGAUUACUCCGAGCUUAGAUCACCUUUGGGACAUUUGGCCUAUGCCAACGGGGAUUCCCAUUCUAUAGAGAUGUCUGCCAACGGGGAUUCCCAUUCUAUAGAGAUGUCUGAGGAAGGGUCUCCCUGUUUGAGAAGCAGGAGUUCUAGUUCUGAAGGGUACCACAAGGACUGUAACAUGGAAGCGCAAGAAUUCAACCAUGCUGCCCGUAUCUUAGCAUGCCAUUAUGGGGCAGGAAGCACUUACUGCAGUCCAUCUCCACAAGAAGAUCCCAGGAGACAAGCCUCAUGGGAAAGCCCAGUUGCCAACUCAUGGCACUUGAAAGUAGGUGCACCUGAGCAACAGGAAUGUUCUACCAGGUGGCGACAAAGAGGAGAAGAGGAGGAGGAGGAAGAGGAGGAGGAAGAAGAAGAGGAGGACCACAAGAAGUCUGACAGUGAUGAAGAAACCAUUGUUAGAGAGGGACACAGUGAUUCCUUUGAAUAUGUUGAUGAAGAGGAUGAAGAUGAAGUUAAGGUUUGAACGGACAUAUAAGUUCUCUUGUGGCCUCUUAGGAGAUAUCAGAGCAAAAUGAAACAAUGUAAAGCUAUCUGGCAUUCUGGAUAUGUGCAGAUUCACAAGGUUAGCCUUCUUUCCAGAUGAUCUACUGUAUGUCAGUGUUUCCUAAACUGGUGUUUUCAGGCACCAGUUUGAAUUCCCAUAGAGUGAUACGUUCUACCACCCUUAAAGAGUGGAAAGGCUAGAAAAGGCAGAUGGAGGACGGAACUCAUUUCUCUAUCUUGGUCUCUCUCCUCCUUGCUUUGUGGGUUUAAAAAAAGAAAUAGGAAAAUGGAACAAUUUAGAGCAAACACCAAAGUAUUAGUUGCUCUUUUGUGGCAGCUGACAGUUAAAGAUGCGUAUAACUUCACAUGCUCCUUCCUUCCCAUUGGCUGACUGAUUUCAUCAUGACAGAUGAUACCAUUAUUUUUCUAUUCCCUAGAAAUAAAAACAUUUAUACUUAAGAAUAGAGACCACUGAGACCUUUUAUAACUAUCUCUAUCAAAUAACUAUAAGGAAAAAUGCCAGUUAAAAAAGAACAGUCUAGAAAGGGGAAGAGAAACCGUACUUCCAUUGAGACAAUAUUUUCCUAACUGUCUUGUGCUGAAAAUAAAGAUCAACUCAACUGUUUUUCCAAUCCAAGAUACUGGGACACCAGCUAGGCAGGAUGGUUCCUCUCCUCUUUUUACAAGAAACACAGAAUUUGGAUUGGAUCUGAAACCAGUUCAACAACACACUGACCAUUUUUCCUGCACCAGAAACCCUAAUUGAGAUAGGGUUAUUUGUUGUUUAUUAUACACCCUCAGAAGGAAAUGUAACCCCAAUCUGCCAAUUGUGAUCAUUCCAUGGAAUCUGUAUUUUAAGCUUCUUGUUGUUUUGUGUACUUCCAGAGAGUGCCCAGAAUUCAAUUUAUGUUAAGGAUCUAAUUUACCGACAUGGAGGGCUGAAAUACAGCUUUCCAUCCUGUACCUCCUCAUUCAGGCAUUAGCAACGCAAAGCCUUAAGUAAGAGUUUGUUUCUAGCCCUUAUAGCUUUGCAUAGUUACUGCAGCAGCUUAUCCACAGUAGUUGUUCAGGAAGAAAAGGAAAUUAUUUCUCAAGCUAAAAUCAGAUUCUAAAACAGGGCUGCUUUUCAUGCUUCCAUGUUCCAAAAAAAAGAGGAGAGUUUACAUGUUAUCUUGGAAGCCUUCCAGGUAGCCCCUGAAUUUGCUGCUACUGCCAUAUACGAGGCUGUGGGUUAGCUGAGUAGAACACAAUGCCUGCAAUCAUUCCACUUCCCAAUUAUGAUAUAGCAUGGCUUAAACAGGGAGGACAGCAUGCAUAAAGUCACCCUUGCACAUUUCCCUUUUCCUUUAAAACGCGUAUAUCUGCCACAACUGAACACUCUUGGACGCUCUUCUCCAUACCAGGGAAAGAGAUGCCAUGAAAUCUAAAAAUGCAGCCUUGCAUGUCUUUGGCCACGCGCUCUACCAACAUACUUCUGCCCUUCUGCCCACUGAUAGAAAUAACUUUCAUUGGUCAGGCAAUACUCCCCUUCCCCCUUUGUCUCAGACCAUUCAGACAACCAUAAGUUAUACCCUCCUUAAGAGAAGGGGGUUUCUUUCAAAUUCUCCUUGAGGGGUGAUCAGACCACUUAACCUGCUGAUUAAGUAUCUCAGUAUGCACUUUAUUCUCACAGCAACAGUUGACCACCCUCAAAAGGAGAAAAAAUGGGUAAACUUUUUCUCUCUGGCUAAUUAUAGUGAUGACCAUUUUUUACACACAGAUAUUUUGGAAGCAUCCCUAGUUGAGAUAAGUCAGUCUGAAUCAUGUCUUUGUGCUCAUUUUGAAGGAGCUCUCAGACAGUUCUGUUGGCUGGGAAAGAAGGGUUGUCUUGUCCUAGACAUGGAAGAACAUGAGAACUAGGCUCCUCACUCCCCCUUCCCCUACAUAUUUUCAGAAGAUACUCAUACAUUGCCCUCUUGCAGCUCCCACCCAUCUGCCUGCAUUUUUCCCUAACCAAAUCACUCUCUCAAGGAACUAUUCAGCUGAGAAACCAAAGGGAAGAAGUAGAUGUCAUACAGCAAAUUCUUUAGGGGAUUAGCAGCUGUGAAAAAGAAAUGUUGCCAAAGGAUCACUGAGUAGCAGUGAGAUUUCUCCAAUCAACUGAAAUCAUGUUUUAAAAGCUGGCAUAAGUAUGUUUGAAUAUUCUUCCUUCCCUCAGAAAGAUUCCCCAAAGUUGUUCCUUUGGGUUGGUUUUAGCUAAGCAAACCAAAGUAAAACAUAGUACAUGGAGAUUCAAACCUCCAUGAUAAUUGAUCAUUAAGAUAAGGUGAUAAUUAGGAUGUUUUCUUCUUCUUUACCAAUAUCUGCAUUACUGGUAGGGUAUCUUUUUGCAGCCAAAGACUAGCUCCUUGGGGAUAAUUGAGGGGGCACAUAGACACGGGUAAAUAAUUAGUGGGAUCCAAGACUCCAAAAAGAUAUGUACAUUUAUUCUGUCUCUGACACUCAUUGUGAGUUUUUGGUUUACUUACUACCACCUUUCCCACUCUCUUCCAAGUAACAGGCUAUAGAUAAAGGAAGAUUUCUCUUAACCAGAAGUUUGAAGAAAUCACUUUUACCAGGAGUGUUAAACUCGCGGUGUCAUGGCAGCGUCACAUGACAUAUUGAGACUUUUUUUCCCCCUUCGCUAAACCGGGCGUGGCCAACACAUAACACAUCGGGCCUGCAGGCCACGAGUUUGACAGCCCUGACUUACACCCUGUGAUAAGAAUACAAACUACCCACCUCGGUUAUAAUAUCCUAGUGAGUACAGAUAGCCCUCAUUUAACAACCUCUUUGUUUGGCAACAAUUCACACUUGCAACAGUCGUCAUGAAAAAGGAACAGUUGUGACCAUUCCUCACAUUAAUGACUUUUGCGGGCCUGUAAAGCAAAAGAAAGCUGAAGUAAAAUCAUAGACACCAAAAGGGAUUCUCUUAGUGGCCACUUCAUGUAACAACUAUGGUAGUUAAAUGAGUAUUAUCUGUAGAAAACUCUGUCCUACAGAACCACUUUACUCCAUAGUCCUGUCUUGUGAGGUAUACUGUUUAUAUAUUCUGUCACUUUUCCAGGAACUUGAACGAGUAAAAGUGCUUUUCUACAGGCUUAUUCUUGGCUUGUCUUCCUGAGAUUUGGAUUCACUGGAGCAUUAGAUGACAGUAUCCGAUUACAUUUGGGAUGCCCUCUGACAACAUGGAUUUUUUGGAAUGAGCAAGCUCUUUCCAUAUUCACAGAUUUUUUUUUCCUUGUGGCAAGCAGAGAUGUCUGGGAGAUGAGGUCACCAAAAUGUCCCUCACAGCACCACGAUUGUUCACAAGUUGGCAGCAGCUGGAGGAAGUCUAAUCCUGCAGUGAGUUGUACGUGGCAGGAGGAGGGAGAAAAAGCAGGAAGAAACAGAGAAAAUACAGUCAAUAGGCACUAUGUGGCAACAUCUAGCUAACUGAUUUUCUGUGGUGGGUGGCUUAUAACAGGCUAACUUCAACCCCACUGCCUGAGCAGCAGAAAGGACUGUAAGCAUCUUUAAACAACAUAUCAAUAGCGAUUUGGCAUUUAGCUGGAAUUCAUCAUGGCUAGAGAUGGAUUUUAGGAAGGGUUGGCUUAAAUACUGAACAAGGUGGGAUGUUAAGUACACCUUUGCAAUCAAGUGCACAUUUUUUAAAUAAAAAUCAAUUGGCUAUAUAGAGAGCUAAGCCAUAGGCUUAUCUAGUAGUGAUAUUUGCACUGGCUGACGUGAAUUCAACAGGCACUUUUCACAGCCCUAUCUGGAGAGAUUGAGAAUUGAAACUGGAAAUCUAGUAUACAAAGCUGAUUCUAUCCCACAAAAUAAUACUAUUAAUGGAAGCUUUCCUUCCUAUACAUAAAGAAGGUUUCCUUUCCCCAGUCACUGUUAUUUCAGUGAUUUUCAUACGCAUAAAUACCAACGGUUGCUUGUGGGUUUGUUUUUUUUAAGUAUAUGUUUUAAAUGCAAGUGGUAUUGAACAUUAUGUCUAGCAUGACCCUAAACAGCUUGAAAUCCUAUAGAAAAAAUACUACAUUUAUAUUGCUUGCCCAUUUUUCCAAUGCAAUUUGGAAAUCUUAGCAAAUAUCUCUCUGUCAGCUCUGGGUUAUCUGAUAAGCUUCAAAGUACAGAUUCCAUCCUUUUCUUCUAUAUAUUCCCAGCACUUGUUACCAUUCUUACUAUUACAAUUUUUAUAUGUAAAUCUGUAUAUAUAGAUUGGUUGGUGUCCUUGUGGUUCUUUUCUUUAGAUCUCAACUUCUAAGUAUCGUAUAUUCCAAUUUACCAGAGGCAGUUUUAGGAGUCAAGAACACACAAGCUUGUACUAGCCCACACUUAUUUUAGAUUUUCCUUUUCAGCAACAAUAUAAUUUUUCUAUAGAAUAAAAACAUGCUGUUUGGGUUGAGAUGAAAGCAUGACUAAUCACUGUGCCAGGCUCCUAAGAAGAAUCUCAUCUAAUCAAGAAGCAUGUUUUAGCUCUGACUAAUCCUUGAU